UGACGCCGGCCGCGGCAAAGUGAUAAGUGAUCCAUAAAAUGGAUCGAUAAGGCGAAAGUCACGGGCCUUAUCGACCGAUGUUCAGCUGAGAGAACGACUACGAGGGUACCUAAUGCAGACACAUUAAAAAACCAGCGAUCAUAUCACUAGCGAGCAUUAGCAUCGGACAUGCAGCCUUAUCCACAUGAGGGACUGGGACUACUUAUCAGCUAAAAUUCGUUUAGGUCGCCGGGGCUUUCAGUCUAUUUUCAACAGCGGAGCAGAGCAGUCGAAAACGCGAUCAGUUCCCCAGAAUCAGUGUCAAUAAACAGAUCCACGUGCCGAGCAUAGAAACUAGCGAAUAAAUACAUCAGCAGAUCGGCAAUAAAACACGCAGUGGACUGAUAAGGCACCUUGUUGCAGUCAAUAAAAAAUAUACAAAUAAAAUAGACAAAAACACAGGAAUACAUAUACAGACAUCUUCAAACAGCUAAGAUGAUGUCACAUACAGUGAGGGUUUUCAAGAUGAUGUACAUUGUGGCGGGCAUACUGAUCAGCAAUGCGGAGAUCUGCGACACAGUGGAUCGCAUUCAAAUAGCGCCACGCGUCGACCUCAAGCCAGAGUUUGAGCAAAAAUAUUUGACCUCCGGGGGCAAUAGCCCUGGAUCCCGAUCCCGCACCCAUUCUAGACAGAACUCCGGAAGUGGUUCGGGUUCGGAGGAGGGAGGUCCCCCGAAAAAGCGUAGGGUCAGCGUUUCGGGGCUGGCAGGUGGCGUGGUCAGAGGCGUCACUAGCCAGGUGUCCAAGCGAGUGGGCCACCGCUUCGUGUGGCUCUCCGACAUCCGGCUCAUCCUGCAGCAAUGGCGACUCCUAGCCCUCAGCUUCAACCUCUGGACCAUUCCCAACUUCCUGGUCCAGUGCCUCACCAGCUACAUGAGCAAGAAGCUGCUCAUCAACAGCGACUGUGAUAUGAUCUACAAGUAGAAUAGUAGAAUAGGGCAGCUACACCGAGAGGUUGCGAAUUUAUUGUUACUAUAGUCUUUACAUAGCUUUAAGAUCUGAAUAAACAACUGCUAGACAUAGA